AUGGGUUCAAGAUUUUCUGAUGACGUUAGAGUACGUUUGGAUCCAAUGAAACCUGAAACUGCCGGAUUUUCUUAUUUUAAUCAAUUGCUUGAUGAUUUUUUGGACGCACCAAGAUUAUCAACGAUCCAAGCACAACUUUUAAUGAUGAAAUUUCAAGAAAAUACCCAGAAACCAGGUUUUUUCUUUAGAUCUUGGUUAAGUUUUGGUUCUAUAAUUCGUAUGGCAGAAGAGUUAGGCUUAAAUAAAAAUUACGAUGAAUGGAAUUUACGCUUAUCAGCAGAAGAUGCGAUUGUUCGUAAAAGAGUUAAAUGUGAUGGAGGUUCCGGCGGCUCACAAAUUCCUUGCACAAGUUGCAGGAAAUUAAAGAUUGAAUGUGUCUUCUCAAAUAUGGCUAUGAGAAGAGCUGCUCCAAAAACUGAAUUGGAACAAAUGAAUGAAAGAUUACAAAGGUCCGAAAGUCUUUUACAAAAACUUGACGAAGAUGAUAUUACAAAACAAAAAAGAGCUAGCAUAUUAGUAACAGUGGUAUUAUAG